AUGGCGGCGGGGCGCGGAGCGCGGCGGCCCCGCGGCGCGGCGUCCGUGCGGCUGUGCUGCCUGCUGCUGCUGCUGCUGCUGCUCGGGCGCCCGGCGGCCGCGGGAGGCGGCCCCGCGCCGCAGCCCCCAGGAGCCGGUGUCCGGACGUUCACUCCGUUUCAUUUCCUCGUGGAGCCAGUGGACACGCUCUCCGCCAGAGGCUCAUCUGUCGUAUUAAACUGCUCCGCGUAUUCGGAACCGCUUCCGAAAAUCGAAUGGAAAAAGGAUGGGACGUUCCUGAACUUAGUCUCCGAUGAUCGCCGCCAGCUUCUCCCAGACGGGUCUUUAUUUAUCAGCAACGUGGUGCAUUCCAAGCACAAUAAACCUGAUGAAGGUUAUUACCAGUGCGUGGCCACUGUUGAGAGCCUUGGGACUAUUGUGAGCAGGACAGCCAAGCUCACAGUAGCAGGUCUUCCAAGAUUUAUCAGCCAGCCAGAGCCUUCCUCGGCUUACGCUGGAAACAGUGCCGUCCUGAAUUGUGAAGUGAAUGCAGAUUUGGCCCCCUUCGUGAGGUGGGAGCAGGACAGACAGCCCCUUCUUCUGGAUGACAGAGUCGCCAGGCUUCCUAGCGGGGCACUGGUCAUCAGCAACGUGACCGAGGCAGACGGGGGCCUUUACCGCUGCGUGGUCGACAGCGGCGGCGGGCCACCCAAGUUCAGUGACGAAGCGGAACUGAAGGUUCUUGCAGAUCCCGAGGUGCCGUCAGACUUGGUGUUUCUGAAGCAGCCGUCUUCCUUGGUCAGAGCCGUUGGUCAGAGCGUGGUGUUGCCUUGUGUUGCCUCGGGACUGCCUGCUCCCGCUGUCAGAUGGGUGAAGAAUGAGGAGGCACUCGACACGGACAGUUCUGAGAGACUGGUCCUCCUGGCAGGGGGUAGCCUGGAGAUCAGUGACGUCACUGAGGACGAUGCCGGGACUUACUCCUGCAUAGCGGGCAGCGGCAAUGAGACGAUCGAAGCUCAGGCCGAGCUCACAGUACAAGCUCCCCCUGCGUUCCUGAGGCGGCCAGCCAGUCUGUAUGCUCACGAGUCCAUGGAUAUCGUGUUCGAGUGUGAAGUGACUGGGAAACCAGCGCCAACUGUGAAGUGGGUCAAAAAUGGGGACAUGGUGAUCCCAAGUGAUUACUUCAAGAUUGUAAAGGAACACAACCUUCAGGUUUUAGGGCUGGUGAAGUCGGAUGAAGGGUUCUAUCAGUGCAUCGCUGAGAACGACGCUGGGAACGCGCAGGCUGGAGCCCAGCUCAUCAUCCUGGAGCAUGCGCCAGCCACGACGGGACCACUGCCCUCGGCUCCUCGGGAUGUCGUGGCCUCCCUGGUCUCGACCCGCUUUAUCAAGCUGACGUGGCGGACGCCUGCGUCGGACCCUCAGGGAGACAGCCUCACCUACUCUGUGCUCUACACCAAGGAGGGGACUGCCCGGGAGCGUGUUGAAAAUACCAGUCGCCCAGGAGAGAUGCAAGUAACCAUUCAAAACCUAAUGCCAGCAACGGUGUACAUCUUCAGAGUCACGGCUCAGAACAGGCAUGGCUCUGGCGAGCGUUCCUCCCCACUGCGUGUGGAGACACAGCCUGAAGUCCAGCUCCCUGGCCCAGCACCUAACAUCCGAGCAUAUGCGACGUCCCCUACCUCCAUCACUGUCACGUGGGAGACGCCAUUGUCUGGCAAUGGAGAGAUUCAGAACUACAAGUUGUACUACCUGGAGAAGGGGACGGACAAGGAACAGGACGUCGACGUUUCAAGUCACUCCUACACCCUUAACGGGCUGAAAAAACACACCGAGUACACCUUCCGAGUGGUGGCCUACAAUAAGCACGGCCCCGGGGUGUCCACGCAGGACGUCGCUGUGCGGACCCUGUCAGACGUUCCCAGUGCUGCUCCUCAGAAUUUGUCCUUAGAAGUGAGAAACUCAAAGAGCAUCGUGGUUCACUGGCAGCCCCCUCCCCCAGCCACACAGAACGGGCUCAUUUCCGGCUACAAGAUUCGCUACCGAAAGGCUUCCCGGAAGAGUGAUGUCACCGAGACCUUGGUAGCAGGAACACAGCUGUCUCAGCUGAUCGAAGGUCUCGAUCGGGGUACUGAAUAUAACUUCCGAGUGGCUGCUCUAACAAUCAACGGCACAGGCCCGGCGACUGACUGGCUCUCUGCGGAAACCUUUGAAAGUGACCUGGAUGAAACCCGUGUUCCCGAGGUGCCCAGCUCUCUUCAUGUCCGCCCCCUCGUAACUAGCAUCGUCGUGAGCUGGACGCCACCUGAGAACCAGAACAUUGUGGUCAGAGGCUAUGCCAUCGGGUACGGCAUUGGCAGCCCCCACGCCCAGACCAUCAAGGUGGACUAUAAACAGCGCUACUACACCAUCGAGAAUCUCGACCCGAGCUCUCACUACGUGAUCACGCUGAAAGCGUUCAACCACGUGGGCGAAGGCAUCCCCCUGUACGAGAGCGCUGUGACCAGGCCUCACACAGUGCCAGAUCCCACCCCCAUGAUGCCUCCCGUGGGAGUUCAGGCUUCCAUCCUGAGUCACGACACCGUCAGGGUCACGUGGGCAGACAACUCGCUGCCCAAACACCAGAAGAUCACCGACUCCCGCUACUACACGGUGCGGUGGAAAACCAACAUCCCGGCAAACACCAAGUACAAGAAUGCAAAUGCGACAACUUUGAGUUACCUGGUGACUGGUUUAAAGCCAAACACCCUGUACGAAUUCUCUGUGAUGGUGACCAAAGGUCGAAGGUCAAGCACGUGGAGUAUGACAGCCCAUGGGACCACCUUCGAGUUGGUUCCUACUUCUCCGCCCAAGGAUGUGACCGUUGUGAGUAAGGAGGGCAAACCCAGAACCAUAAUUGUGAACUGGCAGCCUCCUUCGGAAGCCAACGGCAAAAUUACAGGCUACAUCAUCUACUACAGCACUGAUGUGAAUGCCGAGAUACACGACUGGGUCAUUGAGCCCGUCGUGGGGAACAGGCUGACCCACCAGAUCCAGGAGCUGACGCUCGACACGCCCUACUACUUCAAGAUCCAGGCCCGCAACUCCAAGGGCAUGGGGCCCAUGUCUGAAGCCGUCCAGUUCAGGACCCCUAAAGCGGACUCCUCUGAUAAAAUGCCCAAUGACCAAGCCUCAGGGUCUGCGGGAAAAGGAAGCCGGCUGCCAGACCUGGGAUCCGACUACAAGCCUCCAGUGAGCGGCAGCAACAGCCCUCACGGGAGCCCCACCUCCCCGCUGGACAGCAGCGUGCUGCUGGCGCUCAUCGUCUCCGUGGGCGUCGUCACCAUCGUGGCCGUCGUGAUCAUCGCCGUCUUCUGCACCCGGCGCACCACCUCUCACCAGAAGAAGAAACGCGCUGCCUGCAAAUCCGUGAACGGCUCCCACAAGUACAAAGGGAACUCCAAAGACGUGAAGCCCCCGGACCUGUGGAUCCACCACGAAAGGCUGGAGCUGAAGCCCAUCGCCAAAUCUCCAGACCCCAACCCCAUCAUGACGGACACGCCGAUUCCUCGGCACUCACAGGACACCACGCCAGUGGGCACUUCCUCGGACGGCAGCACCCACCAGAGACGGAAUUCCUACCGAGGGCACGAGUCAGAGGACAGCAUGUCUACACUGGCCGGAAGGCGGAGCAUGAGACCAAAAAUGAUGAUGCCGUUUGACUCCCAGCCGCCCCAGCCCGUGAUUAGUGCUCAUCCCAUCCAUUCCCUCGAUAACCCUCACCAUCAUUUCCACUCCAGCAGCCUCGCUUCUGCAGCCCGCAGCCACCUCUACCACCCAGGCAGCCCAUGGCCCGUGGCCACAUCCAUGUCCCUUUCAGACAGGGCCAAUUCCACAGAGUCCGUGCGCAACACACCCAGCACCGACACCAUGCCAGCCUCCUCGUCCCAGACGUGCUGUGCCGACCACCAGGACCCGGAAGGUGCUACCAGCUCCUCCUACUUGGCCAGCUCCCAAGAGGAGGAUUCGGGCCAGGGUCUUCCCACGGCCCACGUCCGCCCUUCCCACCCGCUGAAGAGCUUCGCGGUGCCGGCAGUCCCGCCGCCGGGGCCCCCCACCUAUGAUCCGGCGUUGCCAAGCACGCCGUUACUGUCCCAGCAAGCUCUGAACCACCACCUUCACUCGGUGAAGACGGCCUCCAUCGGGACUCUGGGAAGGAGCCGGCCUCCUAUGCCCGUGGUUGUUCCCAGUGCCCCCGAGGUGCAGGAGACCACCCGGAUGCUGGAAGACUCCGAGAGUAGCUAUGAACCAGAUGAGCUGACCAAAGAGAUGGCCCACCUGGAAGGACUGAUGAAGGACCUGAACGCCAUCACGACCGCGUGACGGCCCUCGCCACGGCACGACUCCGAGCCCGGGUCAGAGGUCGUGGGCGGAGCCUUGCAACAAGGACUUGUACAGAGCACGAGGGGCAGCACGUGACGUGGCCAGCAGCGGAGCAGCCUCCGCAGGGGGGUGGCUCCAGGCCUGGCCGCCGCCUUCCCUGGUCAGCCUGGAGGAAGCCUUCCCUCUGCCUGCUGACACCCGCAGGACUGGGCACCAUGGGCCAAAUUCUGUGUCCAGGGCAAAGGCGAGGAACGCAGCCUGCGUUUCUCCUUGCUCAGGCCGCGUCUCGGUGCUGUGACUGUCACCCGUGUGGCGUGUAGACAUUGGCGUUCAUGUAUGAUUUUAUUUUAUUUUACCUUCGAGAAAAGAGAAGCUAUCGAAAACCCAAGGACGUCCGUGGUGUUCUCCGCAAGUGGUUGGCAUUUGACUGCUUAUUCCAGUUCUGUAUGGAAAGUCGUUGACGUGGGGUUGUUCCAAGGGGUGGGCUUGUUUCUGGUUGUUUUGGUUGUUUUCUGCGAGUCAGCGCAUCCUCCGCCGGCUGUUACCCCACCCCUUGGAGGGGCGGAAACGUUGCGUUGCUGUUGGUAAGCGGUUUCGUUAUUUUUGUAAUCCUAAUUAUUAAAGGCCUGUCUUUCUCCUCCACCAGUGUGAGGCCACAGAGCUGCCGAGCGAAGCGCAGCUCCUCCGAGAAGGCUUGUUCGUGCUUCCUGUGCAGUUUCGUGUUGGGGGCGGGUGGGGUGGGAUGGGAGGCGGAGGCAGCCGAGGCGCCGGUCCCCGCUCCGGCUGUGCUGUGCUGUGCUUUCUCCCGGGAGCCCGCAGAGGAUGGACGCGUCGCGACGGUCUUUCCUGGCAUGUCCACAUCGCAAGUGCACUCUCAUUUUGCAUCUGGUUUAAAAUCCUGCUGUGCAAUAGGGGGCUGGAGGCUGAGCCGCUUUCGAGCGUGCCCCCUCCUGGAGGUCAGAGUGAGGCGGGAGGGAGGCCCCUUCCUGCUGCCAGCGCUCGUCCCCCAGAGGGGAGGUGGAGGCUGGGGGGAGCAACCCCACACCCGCGGCCUGCUCCCUAGCCAGGGCAGCGGCCACGCAGCAGAGGCCCUGCAGGUGGAAGGUCAGCAAGAGUGAGGCGAGGCGGGGGGCUCCCCGCGGUGUUGAGAACCUGGCUCUCCAGGGGCGGGGCGGCCGGCUCCAGGCCAGGCGCUCAGCACGGCCGUCAGUGAGGUGUGGCGGUUCCGGAUCUGCGUGGCUGUGGAUGAAGUAGUCCCGGUACCCAAUGUGACACACAGGCCUGGCCCCCAGGAGGCUGCCUCUGGUCCCCGGGACAGCGUGGGGGGUGGCGGAGAGGUCAGCGGGGCCUAGAGGAAAUCCGCGGCUCUGACCACCCCCAGGGCCUCACGCAGGCCCCGCCUUCAGACGCGGGUCCUGGGGUCUCAUCACACCUUUGAUUUUCUGCGAGGGGCACUCUGUGUUUAUUGCUUUGGGGCCAUGAAGAGUGCCAUGCCGGCGUCCUCACUGCACGUCCCCCGGUCCCAGAUCCUGGGACCCCGAGGGCCGCAGCCCUGGAGCCACAGGCAGUGGGGGCGCUGCGUGCCGGCGCCCAUCUCACCUCCGCCCAAAGAGCAUGCUCAGUAUUGGAGGCGUCCCCUCCCGUGCCCCCCACUGUUACCUCAGGGCCUCGGUACCUGGAUACUGCCGCAGAGUUGGGGUGGGGCGGGGUGGGGGUGGGGAACCUAUUUUUAAAUAACUGUUCAAAGCUGGGGAUUUUUUUAAACUAAGAAAAAGGAAACCUAUUCUGUAUUGCACCUUUUCACAAUUUAAUACAUUUUCUUAACAUUUCCUGUGACUUUUGGAACUAAACCAUCGCGUGUCUUGUGCUGUCCCG